ACUACGCAGACCCUUUCAAAACAUGUGGCUAUAUAUAGCACUAGCGUUGAUUGCCCUUGUAUAUUAUGUGUUUACAAGUUUCAAAUAUGAUCAUUGGGAGAAAAAAGGAGUGCCCACAGCGUCCGGAAACGAAAGGUUUUUUGGACACUUAAAGCCUAUUACACUGGUGAAAAAACAUUUGAUCGAAUUUUAUGAAGCUAUGUACAAAGAAUUUCCUGACGCGCCAUUGAUCGGGUACUAUAUGAUGUGCGUCCCCGCAUUAAUGGUAAAGGACAUGGAUAUUAUCAAAACGAUUCUCGUAUCGGAAUUCUCCAGUUUCAACUUCAAUGGAUUUACGGUAGACAAAAACGCCGAUCCAGUGGCUGCUGCACACCCAUUCGUUCUCAAAGGCGAGGAAUGGAAGUCUGCUCGGGCUCAAGUAACCCCAUCUUUGAGUUUAGCCAAGCUGAAGGGAUAUUUGCCCAGUAUACUGAAAGUGGGAGACGAAAUGGUUAAAUAUGUAAAGAAAAACUGCGUUGGAACAGCCGAAUUUGAAGCCCGCAAAUUAUCUAUGUUGUAUGCCACAGAUGUCAUAGGAAAUGCCUUUUAUGGUAUUGAAAAUAAUUCGUUUGAAAAUAAAGACUCAUUGUUGUCUAUGUUAACAAAUGAGAUACAUUUUGAGACCACAGUUUUCAAGAACAUCAAACAAAUUUUUCAACGUAUGCCGAUUAUAAAUAAGUUUUUCCCAGCAAGGUUUACUUCACAAAAACUCACGGACGUGAUGGUUGCGAUCACGCGCAAGGUAAUAAAGGAAAGAUUCGCGAGUGGUGAAAAGCGAAAUGAUCUCAUUCAACUUUUGCUAACACAGAAGGAAAACGACACUAAAGGAGUAUACACAGAUGAGUACAUGAGCGGACAAAUGUUCGUAAUGAUUGUGGAUUUAUACGAGACUGCUAGCAAUACUCUGGCGAUUACGUUAUAUCUACUCUCGAAACAUCCAGAAAUUCAGGAGAGACUCAGAUCUGAGGUCAAAGCAAUCAAAUCAAAAAACAAUAGCGAAUUCACAAUUGAAGAUAUCGAAGGUGCUAAAUAUCUCGACAUGGUUUAUAAUGAAUCAUUUCGGAUGUUUGGCUUCUUCUUAUCUAGAGAAUGCACCAGCGACUGCUACGUACCCAUGCCAGGAUCUGAACCCUUCAAGAUCACUAAGGGUACACCCAUCGUCAUACCAGCAGGGGCCAUCCAUAAAGACCCCAAAUACUACCCGGACCCGGACAAGUUUGAUCCGGAGAGGUUUACUGAAGAAGAGGUGGCUAAGAGACCGAGGUUUGCUUUUCUGCCGUUUGGAGAUGGACCGAAGAAGUGCAUAGGUGCUCGCCUUGUCGCAUUGCAUAUAAAAGCAGCGAUCAUCAAGAUCCUCGACAACUUUAAGUUGACACCUUCACCAAAAACCAAAUACCCCUUCGAAAUCGAUCGGCAUUACUUCCUCACUUUCCGGCCUAUAGGUGGCACUUGGGUGAAUUUCGAACCGACUACUCAAUAAUAAAAUGUCCUUCUGCCU